AUGCCCGACUUAAUAACAGUUCCGGAGAGGACGGAGAGGGGCGGCCAUACACCGGUCGCUGUUCUUCUGUACCCAGAAACGGAUAUCCCCAAUGAGGAAAAGAAUCUUCACGAUGCCAAAAUCCAACUCGACGAAUCGAGAAACGCCUCAGCGAAGCACACCACAAAAAUGCGCGAGCAGAUACGGAUUUUCCAAACCCAGCAAGAGGCUGUCCGGAAACGAUUAAUGGUCGUGGUCCGUUCGGAUACUCCCGAGGAGGCUACCACGCUUCUGAAGGGUCCUAUGGAGAAGCUAAGACGGGUUGAAUUGGCUAAAUCAUAUGUCGAAUUGCUGAAAGAUGUCGACGAGAUGAAAAAAGAAGCCAGGAGCUUCCUGCCCGGUCGCCCAAAAGAGGCACUUGUACCUUAUAUCAAGUUGAAGGAGCUAUCAUUAUCAAUGGUGGAGCUUCAGCGUGAUGCAGAGGGCGCGGCUCCCCAUUUAGUGAACUACGUGCAAGGUGCUACUUCGAAGCUCUGGGAUGACAUGAAGAGAAUCAUGGCAGAUGAAUUCGAAGCAAUCUUAAGAGCUACAAGGUGGCCAGAGGUUGCGCAGCCUCCUUCUAGGGAGUGGCAGGAUUGCUUUGAAAAAUUGCUGGAUCUACAAUCUCCCGAGAUCAUGUCUGCUAGAGAACCUCUCGCGCUUCUUCCUAUGACUGUCUUGGCGAAGAACUUCGUCUCUCAAUUCAGAUAUCAUUUUUUUACGCCAAAAGCCACUAAUCAGAUACACCGACUUGGGGAGUUCUUCUUCCCAUGGUUUUUGGGUACUGUUGAGAAGUGGCAGGACUAUCUCAGAGAGUUCGUCGGACCCGUAUUGGCAGCUCAUUUCCGGGGAAACCUGCUUGCUGGCAACCCACUCUAUGUGGAUCCUGUAGCUGCUUUCAUUACUGCGCUGUUACCAGUAAUGAAAGAGAAGGUUGAUGCCGUUGCUCUAGAGGUGUCCUCCAAGCCAAAUCUACUUAGCCGCUUUAUACCAGAGUUGAUGGCGUUCGAUGAGAAGGUCCGAUCUCAAUUUGAUUAUGACGGCGGUAACCCAGAGGCCGGCUGGAAAGGACUGACGUGGGAUGUUUUGAACGUUUACUUCGACAAUUGGCUAGAUGCUGAGAAAAUGUUUGUUGUUAAAAGAUAUGAAGAAAUACAUUCUGGUCCGGACCGCGGCCAGAUUGAUUUUGAUGGCGCUGAAGUUGGCAAGACCAAACCUACUUAUGGAGCAACCAAAGUUGGAGAUCUGUUACAUUCCGUAACACAGCAAUACAAAGGAUUGCGAAGAUUCUCUCACAAAAUCCGAUUUUUCGUGGAAAUUCAAUCGUACCUCCUUGAUCAAUAUUUUGGAGUUCUGAAUGACUCCCUCUCGGUCUAUUUAUCUUCCAUCACAACCGUCGGACGCACGUUGCAUGGUAUUUCGAAAGAGGAACAGGCCAACCUAGAGGGCAUUGGCGGACUUGAUCGCUUGUGUCGUAUGUACGGAAGCGCAGAUCGUAUUAUAUUUGUGCUUCGAGAAUGGUCCUGUGACGAGUUCUUUGUGGAAUUGUGGGAUCAAUUGCAAGAUAGGGCGAAAGAUAUAGAAGCCGAGAAUAAAGUGGCCGGAGACAUGACCUUGAAUCAGGUUAAACAACAUACUUCGAGGGUCCUGGGCACGCAAGCCGAAGGCUCAAUGUUCGAUAUCCAUAUCGACCUCUACAAUCGCUUUCGGAAUAAAACAGAAACUAAAAUUAUCGAAGCCUUACAGCAUUCCUUCCCACAAUCAUUCAAGCCGUAUUUCAUUAAACCUCAAUGGAGGACCGUUGGCGAGGAGCUUGUUCCAGACCCUAGCACAAUGGCUAUCACCCCAGAACUUGACUCACCACUCCAAACCAUCAAGGCAAGCAUGUCAUUCCUCAACAUGGCCCUGGCAUACUCAACGUUCCGUCGAGUCUGGCGAGCAGCGUUCAGCAACCUUCAGACUCUUCUCUUCAACGAAGUACUGGUCAAGCAGGAGUUUACUAGUCUCGGGGCAGCUCGAUUAAUGGCCGAUAUCAACGCAAUCCACAGCGUUGUAGAGAGCUCUAUUGGUUUCAGUAGAGGUUCAAUCAGCAUAGAGGCUCUUGGCAUGCCCAAGUUAAGGGAAGGCAUAGAGCUGUUAAAUUUGCCAUUGCAGGCUGAUGAAGGCAAGAUAAACCUCAAAGAUGGGUACGAGGAGAUAUUUUAUUCGAGGGAAAAGGCUGCGGAAACGCUUGCUAAAUUGGGCCUCAAUCGGUUAUCAACUUAUGAGGCCAAGUUGAUCUUGCAGCAUAGGGUUGAGGCGAGAGUUUCGAUCGACGAUUAG